UGGAACCAGUUUCAGACACAAGGCGUCAAACCCAGUCCUCCAAAACCAUGGAAGAAAAGAAAAACCCUAAGAAGGCCAAUCUCGUCGACCACAACUCCAUCAAGCACGUCCUCGACGAGUCCGUAACUGAGAUCGUGACGAGCCGUGGAUAUGUGGAAGACGUGAGGAUGAGCAAUCUGAGGCUUGCUUUGGGGGCCCUCAUCAUCGUGGUUGCUCUCUUUGCUCAGUUUUACAAGAAGAAGUUCCCGGAGAACCGAGAGUUUCUCCUCCUCUGCAUCGCCUUGUAUGUGGUGUUGAAUGGGAUAAUGCAGCUUAUCAUGUACUUGAAGGAGAAGAACGCCAUCCUCUUCACUUAUCCUCCAAAGGACUCCUUCACAAGCACUGGAUUGGUGGUUUCUUCCAAACUUCCAAGAUUCUCUGAUUUGUACACACUUGAGAUAGCAAGUGCAGACCCCAAAUCUAUUUCUGCAAAUCCACCGGUACAGUUUACAAAAAGUGUUACUAAGUGGUUCACCAAGGAUGGAAUUAUGGUGGAGGGCCUCUUCUGGAAAGACGUUGAAGCACUGAUCAACGAAUAUAAGAAAGAACCAAAGAAGAGCAAGUGAGAGGAAUCGUACUGCCUACCCAGUGCUGGGAUGCUGGUUGAAACAGGAAUAGGUCUAGUUAUACUGUCACUUCAUUAACAGCUGUUGCUCAUUGGCAAUGUGGCCUUUUGGACCAGUAGCUUUAGAGCAAAACUGAAUGAGUCUGAAAGUUUUGAACAGUUAACCUAUUUUUGUUCCCAGCUUAUUGAGCCAACUAUGAAAUGCUUUAGAACUUCUAAGAGUUUACCUUUUGUUGUC